UUAGUUCACAUAUUCUACAGUUUUGUUUUCUUCUACCACACACUCACUUACUCUCUCUCUCUCUCUCUCUCUCUCAAAACACAACAAUGGCUCCAAUGAGUCUUCCCCCAGGAUUUAGGUUCCACCCAACAGAUGAAGAACUCGUAGCUUACUAUCUAGAUCGAAAAAUCACAGGUCAAACAAUUGAGCUGGAAAUUAUCCCAGAAGUUGAUCUCUACAAGUGUGAGCCAUGGGAUUUGCCAGAGAAGUCAUAUUUGCCGAGCAAGGACAUGGAGUGGUACUUUUAUAGUCCAAGGGAUAGAAAGUACCCAAAUGGUUCAAGAACAAAUAGAGCCACAAGAGCUGGUUAUUGGAAGGCAACCGGAAAGGACAGGGCGGUUCAGUCGCAACGCCGCCCCGUUGGGAUGAAGAAAACCUUGGUUUAUUACAGAGGAAGAGCUCCUCAUGGUAUCAGAACUAACUGGGUUAUGCAUGAGUAUCGUCUUCUUGAUGAUUCUCUUGGUGGCACUGUUUCUUCUACUUUAAAGGAUUCUUAUGCACUGUGCCGAGUCUUCAAGAAGACAAUUCAAAUACCAAAAUGUAACAAAGAUGAAGAAAAUCCAGACAAUAAUAACAUUAAUGGGAGAAAUAAUACAGAGAAGGAUAAUCAAUCAACAGCUCUUGUAAUAAUAAAUGAAUCAAAUCUUAAGAUUCCUCAUCAAAUUUCAAGAAGAGUAGAGAAUAAUAAUGAAGAUGAAUAUUAUCCCAAUAAUAAUAAUAAUAAUAAAUUUGUAUCAGAAACCUCUUCUUCAGAUCUCACUCAAGGCACACCAACUGAAAAUGGUGUCAUGGACGAUUUCCAGGCUCCUUUUGCUUCUGAUAAUGAAGCAAAUAGUUCUGCAGAUUUGUACUCUCUUGCUCUAAUCAAUUCUUCCUCCAAUCUUGUUCAGGAAAUGGAAAUGCCAAGCUAUGAAAGCCUUUACCAACUGGCUUAUCCACCCUUAGAACUUGAUGACUUCCCACAGAUCAACUUAGAAGAGAUGAAGCUUAUGAAGUCUGAAACGACAGAUGAAUGCAUGUCGUAUGAAAAGUUGAGGGAUUACAUGAAUGGAACAGUGGAAGAGAUUUUCUCUCUAUGCUCUUCUUCUUCUUAUCAUAACAACAUUAAUGAUCAAGACAACUCCAUUAAUGCUAUCUCAAUGCAACAAAAUUAAUAAUAAGACAGACAACAUUAAAACAGUACUUUACUGACAAAGAUAUAUAACUUCUCCUACAAUUAUAUUUUCAUAUAUAUACAUCGAUUUAUUGACACACAAUGUUAGAAAUUAAGUUGUGUUGGGGGCUAAAUUAAUAACCAUGUGAGAAAAAAUGGUUGUGGUUUAUUUUUCAAGCCAUGCACCAUACUAUAUAGGCCAAUAUACAUAUAGUGUUCUUCAACAUUCAUCGUUGAGUAGAAAAAAGUAUACGAACAAUUUUUUA